UUUUGCUUUCUGUGCCAACAGACGCGCUCUCAUUUGAUUUGGACCAUCGCUGAGCUGCAGAGCGAAGGGGGAAGAAAUAAACCCCCAGACUCCCUGCCACCAUGUGCUACGGCAAAUGCGCAAGAUGCAUUGGAUGUUCUCUAGUGGGGCUUGCUGUUCUCUGCAUUGUUGCUAAUAUUUUGCUUUACUUUCCCAAUGGGGAAACAAAGUAUGCCUCUGAAAACCACCUCAGCAAGUUUGUAUGGUUCUUUUCUGGAAUCAUAGGAGGGGGCUUGCUGAUGUUCCUGCCAGCGUCCGUCUUCAUCGGGCUGGAACAGGAGGACUGCUGUGGCUGCUGCGGCCAUGAAAACUGUGGCAAGAGAUGCGCGAUGCUGUCUUCAGUGCUGGCCGCUCUCAUCGGAAUCGUAGGCUCUGGCUACUGCGUCAUUGUGGCAGCCCUGGGCUUAGCAGCAGGACCCGUAUGCCUCAAUUCCAACAACGAGUGGAACUAUACCUUUUUCAAUACUGAAGGACAAUACCUUCUAGAUAGUUCCACAUGGUCCCAGUGCACUGAACCCCAACACGCUGUGGAAUGGAAUAUCUCACUGUUUUCUAUCCUCCUGGCACUUGGUGGAAUUGAAUUCAUCUUGUGUCUCAUUCAAGUAAUAAACGGAAUGCUUGGAGGAAUAUGUGGCUACUGCUGUACUCACCAUCAGCAAUAUGACUGUUAAAAAACCGCUCCAAGACAGAACCACGAUCUUCAUUUUAUUGUAAUUUAUAUAUUUUACUUGUAUUAAUUUGUAAAACUUUGUAUUAGUGUAUCAUACGUCUUAUAUUCUACUUUUGUAAGUGUACGUAGAGACUGACAUCUUCAUGUAGUGUCAGUGUUGGCAUGUAGCAAACAAACUUUUUUUUAAGGAAUGAGAAAAUAAAACACACACUGGAGGUAAUUUACAGAUUGAGUGAUGGUCCUCAGCAUAUCUGAUAUAAACUUUGGCUUGAAGUAAUAUUUUUGAGAAACAUUGCAAAGAUAAACAUUAUAUCCCAAUUAUUGUUGAGCAUAUGUGCUAAUGUUUCUUAAAUGAAAGAUUUCUAGUUGCUUUUUUUAAGGCCAUGAAGGCGAAAAUCCAACAACUUGAAAAGAUGUUUUUUCACUGUUUAUAUGAUGUUUCCCAUUCAUAUACCUGCAAAUCUCUAACAUAGGCCUCUUUGAACUGUUUUGGUUUCUGGGAGAGAUAGCUCCUUGCCCAGAGUGGGAGGACUGACAUGAUGCUCCAAGCUAACUGAACGAGUCAAAGCACGCAAUGCUGCGAGUUGCUGAAAGCAUUACUGGAUCUUAAAUUUUCCUAAUAUGUGGAAAGGUUUUUGUUCUUCAAAGACAAGCACUGAGGGUCAUGCAUUUAAGAAGAGAAAGGCCUGGAUAAUUGGACAGGAAAAAGGAUGGGGAAUGGAAUACAGCAGUUGAUCAGCAUCACAAGAAAAUGUGGGAAGAGGGAGAUGGGGUAGGAGGACCACAAGGGAAUACCCCAAAGUCGCUUGAUUAAAUAUAACAAAAUAAA